AUGGCGGCGCCCUGCGGCUCCUCGCAGCUCCCGCCGGCCGAGCCUCCGCUCCGCGUCCCCAAAAUGGAGGUGCUGUCGCCGGGCUCACCGGGCGCGCUCAGUGACGGCAACCCCAGCCUGUCCGACCCCUCCACGCCCAGCGGCGCCUCCCCGCUGGGUGCGGGGCCGGCGGCUGGCGGGGCCGCGCUGGGCGCCCGCGGCGGGGCCUCGCCCUCCGUCUCCUUCUCGCCUGGCGGCGCCGCUGCCGCCGCCGCGGCCGCCGCCUGCCGCGGGAUGUCCUGGACGCCGGCGGAGACCAACGCGCUGAUCGCCGUGUGGGGCAAUGAGCGGCUGGUGGAGGCGCGGUACCAGCAGCUGGAGGGUGCGGGCACCGUCUUCGGCAGCAAAGCGCCCGGCCCCGCAAUGUACGAGCGCGUCUCCCGCGCCCUGGCCGAGCUGGGCUACGAGCGCACCCCGUCCCAGUGCCGGGAGCGCAUCAAGCAGCUUCACAAGAGACAGAGUGAGUUAGUAAGGAAUGCAAAAUGUACCCUCCGCAGGUGCUACAGCCGCGUGAAGGAGCACGGCGUGGGCAAGAGGAAAAGCAGCUACACGUUUGAACAGCUGGAGCAGGUGUUUGGGCAGGGAGGAUGGGACUCCCAGCCCUGCCAGCCCGUCCUCAUCAACAGCAGUGGCUUGUACCAGGAGCUGGAGUCGGACGGCAGCACGAUGGAGGAAUUCUCUCAGGAGGACUGGGGAAACCACAGUCAGGAUCUUCACUGCUACCAGACUGGCGAGCAGGAGUUGGAUGAAAUGCCUACCACGAAAAGAACAUUAAAGAUAAAACAGGAAUCUUCAGAAGACACGCAGAAGCGUGACGUCAUGCAGAACAUUAUGCAAAUCUUGGAGUCGGUCCAGUUGAAGUGGGAGCUGUUUCAGAGCUGGACGGACUUCUCCAGGCUCCACCUUUCUAACAAACUGGCCAUUUUUGGCAUUGGGUACAACACCCGCUGGAAGGAGGAUAUCCGUUACCACUACGCAGAGAUCAGCUCCCAGGUGCCCCUCGGUAAGCGGCUCCGGGAAUAUUUCAACUCGGAAAAACCGGAGGGUCGGGUGAUCAUGACCCGAGUACAGAAAAUGAACUGGAAAAAUGUUUAUUACAAAUUCCUGGAGAUCACCAUCAGCGAAGCCAGAUGCUUGGAGCUGCACAUGGAGAUCGACUGGAUUCCCAUCGCUCACUCCAAACCCACCGGAGGGAACGUGGUGCAGUAUUUAUUACCAGGAGGGAUCCCAAAAAGCCCUGGCCUGUACGCCAUUGGAUAUGAGGAGUGCCACGAGAAACUCCCCUCCCCUCUGGCAGAGCACCGGGCGCCCGACCCCGGCAAUGAGACUCCAGGGGAGCUCGAGGUCCCCUCGCCGCAGGCCUCCCUUCGGGUGGAUAUGGAAUCUGCCCGGAUUAUCUACUGUUACCUCGGCAUCGCCGAGGUCCGGACUCUCCAGCAGUGCCUGUUUUUACACUUCCAGGCAAACACCAAAACCUUCAGCAAAGAUUGGGUCGGGAUCAACGCCUUUUUAUCUCAGAACUGCGUCGUAGAGCCCGGUGUCUCACCCAAAUCCAUCUACAUCAAAUUUGUGGAAGUGGAGAGGGAUUUUCUGUCUGCUGGCUCUUUGGUAGAGUGCCUGGAAAAAGCCAUCGGGUACCCCUUAAAAUUUAACAACUGAGUCUUGUCCUUCAUAAGGAUCAGGGCCUUCCGCCCCAUUUUCCAUCUCACUCGGAUCCUGUCCGUUCACAUCCGGGCACGCGGGACUUUUCCGCCUGGAAGCGCGUUUUGGGGUGCACAGAGGCUGGCGGGGGGCGCUCCCCGCGUGCCGGGCCCGGCUGCGGUUCCGGCGCCCCCCGGAGCGGCGUGGCCGGGAGGAGCGCCCGGCCCGCGCGACGACUGUCGGUACAUUCCACGCGGGACGAGCUCGUCCGCGCGGCGUUUUCGUACACGGACUGAGGGUUUGGGCUUUCCUUUAUUCCACGGUGUCUCGUUUGGAUGCAUCCCUCUCUAAGUGUUGUUCUGCACCUGACUCGAUAAGCAAUAGAUAACGGCGAGGGAAACCCCAACUCCCGGCCCGGGGACUGUUUUUCAAAGCCACCCUUAGAUAUCUUGUAUAUAAUUUAGAACUUCACUUUUUUCACCGUCGAGUGUUCUCUCCAAACAGUGUUGCCUGCAAAGACUUUGGGUUCCGUGAUGUAUUCCACAUCUCUAGUAGUGUUGCCAUAUCUGCUUUUAUUUUUAUUUUAUUUUUUAACAUUAAAAUAAUUCCUGGCUUUUUUAUUUUUUUCUUUAUGUUGUUUUCUCAUUAAUUUUCCCCUAUUUUUGUCUUUUUUAUCAUUAUUUUUCUCUUAUUUCUCUUUCUCUUUUUCUUUUCUCUCUAUUCCUCUUAUUCUCUUUUUUAUCUUGUAUUUUUGUUUGUUUUUUAAAUUCCUUUAUAAUUUUCCUUUUUUUUUGCUUUUUUGAAUUUUUUUUUGUUAUUUCUAUUUUCACUUUGUUACUUUCUUUUUUGGUCUUUUCUCUUUGCUCUUUUCAGCUUCCUUUUUUUCUUUCCUUUUUUUUUUUUUUUUCUUUUAAUCGAGUUCCAAAACUCUCCGUGAGGAUAACCUGGCAGCUGGGAAAACACGAUGAUUAUUUUUAUUUGUUUUGUUGUCGACCCAUUGCUUAUGGAUACAAUCAAAGCUGUGAGAAGGGGAAGGUGGGGAGGGGGAGGGAGCGGGAGGGGGGUGGGGGAGGACGCAUUUAUGCCUUUUCAGCGUGUUCCUGGUCCAGCCCCGCGCAGCCGCCGGGGCCGGUGGGUUUUAUUUCCUGGAGCUCAUCCAUCGGUGACGUUGUGACAUACGAUGAAUGUGUCAGUCCUAAUAAAAUCAAACAAACACAUACAGAGGCUCCCACACAUCCUUCUCCUUCUCUGGGGGAGUCUGGGGAGGUGCUGAGCUCUUCCUUGGGGAUAUUCUCAUCAGGGCUUUGUUCCUGGGGUCGUUGGUGGAGUUGAUUAUUUUCUUUACGUGGGGUGAGCACCGCCAGAGCCGGUUGCUCUCCGUGCAGAGGUUCCCAGAAUCCUUGAAAGAAGUGAGGAUCGUUGCCCGUCUGGAUGUUGGCAUCGCCUCUGGAUGCAGCUGAGCCCUGAGGUGCUGGAGUGAGGAAGGGGCGCAGGUCACCAGUGGGUCACCAAAGCAGCUCCCCAGUCUUCGAAAUAGGGGGAGAGCAAGGUGAGUUGGUCCAAAGAGCUGCUGCCGACUUGGAAGCAUGGAAUGUAGCAGACGGUGAGAAUACUGUCGGGGUCCUGGUGGGAUCAAGCCAGGUCGAUCCCCCAAAGCCUCCUUGUUCCUGAGAUCCCGCAGUCCUGGAGGCCAGGCUGGAUUUACGGGGGGGUGGCGAGGGCGAGAAGGGAUUAAUUCUGCCCUCGCCGCCUCCUCCUCCACCACUGUCUAAUCUCCGCUGGGGCUUCGAGGUCUGACCCUGCUCUGAUCGAGGACCGGGAUAACCCUGCCUGAGCCGGGGAGGAUCCGCCCGGGGCUCCCGAAAACCAGGUAGUCAAAAUCGCCCUUUUUUUUUUUUUUUCUUUUUUUUUUUCAUUGAUACCGUGUUUAUUUUUCAGGAUCGAUGCGUUUAUCUGAAGGGUGGCGGGGGAUGUUGGACGAGGGUGAGGGAUGCAGGACGGGAUGUUCCACCCUGCUGGCGUGGGAGGGAUGAGAAUGGAAGGGUUUGGGGU